AUGUCUAGCACCUUCGGCUUCCGCCGCUUUCUCGGCCUCGCGUUGGCUACGGCCUGCGUCCCAUUCGCAACAUGCCACGACGACCGCUGGAUAGACAUCUGGGCCUCUAUGCCGCAGCAGGUUGAGCCCUACAACUUGCCCAAUGCCCCCUAUAACGGCACCGACGGCGUCUUCCAAAACACGACGAUCCGGCAGACGGUCUACCUGACCCAGGACGCGGACACGAUCCGGCUGCAAUUCAGCAACGCCUUCGGCGGCUCCGACCUGCCCAUCACGGCGGCCACCAUCGCGCUGCCGGUCAACGGCACGGCCGGCUCGCCCGCCAUCCAGCCCGACACGCUGCAGCACCUGACCUUCUCGGGGUCGCCCUCCUUCGCCGUGCCCAACGGCGCCCUCGUCGUCUCCGACCCCCUCCGCUUCCCGGUCAAGGCCCAGACCAGCCUCACCAUCACCGUCUACCUCGCCGCCGGCCAGGCCGGCCACGCCAUCACCGGCCACCCGGGCAGCCGCACCGCCACCUGGCUCACCCAGGGCAACCUCGUCUCCGCCGCCGACGUCACCACGCCCACCACCCAGCGCAUCGACAAGUGGUUCCUGGCCUCCGCCCUGCAGGGGUGGCUCCCCUCGCACCACCGGGCGCUGGCGGUGGUCGGCGACUCCAUCACGGACGGACGCGGGUCCACCACCAACGGCAACGACCGGUGGCCGGACCAGCUGGUGCGGCGGCUGCAGCGCGACGGCAACCAGCGGUCCGUGGCCGUGCUCAACAUGGCGGCGGGCGGCAACCGCAUCCUGGCGGACGGGCUGGGCCCCAACGCGCUGGGGCGCCUCGAGCGGGACGUGCUGGCGCGCGGGCCGGCCGUGAAAUACGCGCUGAUAUACGAGGGCGUCAACGACCUGGGCACGGCGGCGACGGACGCGGCGGCGCAGGCGCGGGUCGGCGACCGCGUCAUCCUCGCGUACGAGCAGAUGAUCACGCGGCUGCACGGGGCGGGCAUCGCGGCGUUCGGCGGGACCAUCACGCCCAUGAGCGGGCCGGGCCAGGUGUAUGGGGACCCGGAGCGCGAGAAGCAGCGGCAGCGGCUGAAUGAGUGGAUCCGCACGAGCGGGCGGUUUGAUGCGGUGGUGGAUUUCGACAAGGUGGUGCGGGACCCUAAGAACGGGACCAUGUUGAAGACGGAGUAUGAUAGCGGGGAUUACCUGCAUCUGAACCCGGCUGGGUAUAAGGCCAUGGCUGAUGCGGUCGACUUGGAGUUGUUUGCGCGGUUUGGGGGCGGUGUGAACUCCAUGGUCUGA